CAUUUUUCACAAUCUUCUCCGCGUUACAUUAUAUAGCAAGAAAGCAAACAGGGCAAAGAAACCCAUAAAUAGGAGAGAAUACAUUGUCCCAACUCGUAGCACAGAUGGAGACAGUGAAGCGCUUAGUAGAUGGAAAGCCAGUGGUAAUAUUCAGCAAGAGUUCAUGUUGCAUGAGCCAUUCAAUGAAGCAACUAAUAGGCAGUUAUGGAGCAAAUACCACAGUGUAUGAGCUCGACGAAUUGCCAAACAGAUAUGAAAUCGAUAGCGCAUUGCAGAAGUUAGGACUUAAGCCAACUGUUCCGGGCAUCUUCAUAAACCAAAGGUUUGUUGGCGGAGCUAAAGAAAUUAUCAGCUUGCAAGUCCAAGGCAGAUUGGUGCCAAUGCUUAUGGAGGCUGGGGCUAUUUGGGUUUGGAACAAAACUCACUAGUGUUCCUCUGUACUUACCCUAUUUCUUUUUCCUUCCUAAGUUUCCUCUUUCUUUUUUUUAUUAUGAAAAACGAACAUAUUACAUAGGGACUGUGGAACGAAGGAAAAAGGGGAUCUUUCCCUGUCGAUUCUGCAAUGUCUGCAGACUUCAGGUAUUUCAGGAAAAAGAAAGAAGCAUCCCUUUACUAAUGUAUGACUACCUCAUGUAGCCUAUAGAUAGCAACGUGCUUUGGUUAUAGUUAACCAUAAUGCAUACAACUCGAAGUCCAUCUAUCAUGACACUCAUCGUUGUCCUUCAAUCUAACGGGUUUAUUCUCAACAUCAUUCAUAAUACUAUCAAGAUCAACUAAUCAAUCAGAGAAGAAAUUAACGUGUGGUAAUAGAAGGUAAAAAGAAAGAAAGGUCAACCCUGAAUAAACUGAUGGGAAAAUCUUCACAGCUCAGGUACGUAUGAGUUAUGACAUUCAAUAUAUAUGUCUAAGUAGGAAUAUAUGAUAAGAGAGUUCGUCUGAGGAUUCUUUCUAGUUACUGAAUGGUCCAACUGUAGCUGCACCGUCUAUACUAAGCACCGAGCAUUGCAUUCCAUGACAAAAUAAUUGAACAAAGAAAAAGAUAUCAUUGCAUAGAUAAUACUCCCUCCUUCCCAUAAUAUAGUGCUUGUUUCU